AUGUUCACACUACUAGUGUCAUCGGUAUCAGGAUACCUCCUCUCCUUCCCAGGGAUGGAGCUGUGUAGUGGAACUCUAGUGUCACCACUCUCCCCUCUGUUCGCUCUCUCUGUCAAGUUGUGUAUGUGUGGGAGUGGCAUUAUUGGCAUUUUGUUGCCUCUGCACCAUCUCUAUCAUAGAACUAGAACUGUAUCUGUAUCUAGUAGAAUUGUGUCUCUCUAUCAUAGAUGUAGCUGUGUUUGUGAUCAGAAUCUGUGUAUCUGUAUUGUAGUUUGUGACUCAUGUAGGCUAACCUCUCUCUCUCUGCCCUGGGGUCGAGCUCUGUCUGGAACUGUGACACCACCUGUGCCUAUGUCUGGAUUGUAAUAUCAGUGACUCAUGUCCCCCUCGCUCUCGUCCAGGGAUUGAGCUGUGCCUACCUAACUGGCGUUUCUCCAUGACCAUGGUUGCCAGCUUCGUGGUGUUGGGCGGGCAGCUCCUUAUGCCAGGGAUGGCAUACCUCUGUCGAGACUGGCAGGUCCUGCAGGCCGUCAUCAUCUGCCCGCUGAUCCUCAUGGUCUCUUAUAUCUGGUGAGGACAACACCCACUUUACUCCCAUCUCAGGCAAAGCACAAAACUGUUCUGGGACAGGCUAUACGCACCACCUGCUACAAUUUGGCAUCUUAGUAUUGAUAUAUUUAGCUAUUUAUUAUACUGGUGAUCCCAUUGCGAUUGAGACUACUGAUUUAAUUCACUUGGUUAGGUGCUAUAGCCUACCACUCCCAAUCAUCAUGCACUACAGUUCAUGAUUGGGUUAUGUUGUAGACUAAUGUGGGUUCUAUUUAUCCAAUGCUCAUAUUAUGUAUGUAUGAAAUUAUAAUGGGAAAAGCGGGGCAUGGACAUGUCUACUAUCUGUAUAGUUUCCAGGCCACUGGAGGUUAAUCAGAAAUGUAUAGAAUCAGAGGGAAGCUUCUUGGCCCCAAGGGAAUUUUCCAGCGGAGCAUCCCCACUGUAUUAACAGCCAUAAUAGCAUAUAAUAAUUAAUAGCUUAACAUCCAUUCAAAGGACCUCUACUGUACAUGUUACUACAGCCGGUGUCUCUAAGGCCUGGGCAAUAAAUACUCAUUCAUUAACCACCAUUUACCUUGUAUUCACACUGUACACCUGAUGAGCGGCAGGUAGCAUAGUGGUUAAGAGCGUUGGGCCAGUAACCGACUAGGUGAAAAAUCUGUCGAUGAGCCCUUGCGCAAGGCACAUAACCCUAAUUGCUCCUGCAAGUCUGCUAAAUGACUGAAAUGUGAUGGGAAAGCUGCCAACAGAACAGAGAGAGGAAACUUUUUUUUUUUCAUCCUAGAGAAUCAUAGCUCUUGUCAUUCUCAUUCCUAUCACACAGCACGCCUUGACAAAGGCCUUCAUCCAUAUGUAAUGGAAUCAUUUCAAAAGAUGAUUAGGGAUCAGUAUUGCAGUUUAUUAAUGAGUUUCAAUCAGCUAGAAAGAACUCAUGAAUGCACACGCGCACUCACACACACACAUUUUCCAGACCCAGGGAUAUAUUGAGGUUCCUUUCAGCCUCUCCUUAAAUCCCAAUGGGAAAAAAGGGACUUAUUAAAUUUUGAUUCAACUGUUCAUAUUUUAUUGAGCAGAGCGUUCAAGUGAUUGUUCUGUCUUGUUUCCAUGCAGGAUCUUCCCCGAGUCGCUGCGGUGGCUGCUGGCCACUCAACAGUAUGGCCGCUCCAAGUGGAUCAUGGGACACAUUGUCAAGAAGAACCAGGUUAACACCGAGCUGGACACUGACCACAUCCUCACAGGUAUAGUACACAGGGGAGAGGGAGAGGUCAUCCCUUUUUUUAACUGCUGUAGUCACAGGUACACUGAGAUCUCGGUUUUAGAACUGGUGAUGAUAAUGCUGUGUAGCUACUCAGCUCAAGACGUCAGUGUUCGGCUUUAAUUUGUUUCUCUGUGUAUUUGCUGUGCUUUUGGUUAUUUGAAAGUGUGGAGUUUGUUCUUUUCUGAAGGGAAAGGGCUUUAUAUCUACAAUUCCCCUAGCAAGAUCAGCUGGCUUGUCUCUGAGACAGAAGUGCUUGGUCAGUCUGAAUGGAUCUGACUGACAGGGGGGAGAUCCCCUUCCUUCCUUUAUGCCUGGUUGCCAUAGUAACAGCCCUCUCCUGGGGCCGAGGGAUAUUGGCAGGGUAGUAAACCUACACCGUGGCCUUCCGAAUGGGACCCUCCGGACCCUUAAUUAACUUUAUUAGGGCCUUUCGAGGGAGGUGGGGGAGAGGCAUCGCUCACAGGCAACAGAUGGGGCCAGGUCAAUCACUUUGGAUAGUGACUAGAUACAACCGUAGGCAGUGCCAUACUGUAGGCAAUGCCAUAUACCUACAGUGAACAAGAUAUAUAACUAUGUUAUUGACAGAGGUUAUGGUAUAGAUGCCCCUUUGAAUGUAACUGUUUUUCUGGGUGACUUGUGAUGUUUUAUUUGUGCUUACCAUGAUUGUGUUUUUACCUACUCAUUCAAGGGUUUUUCUUUAUUUUUACUAUUUUCUACAUUGUAGAAUAAUAGUGAAGACAUCAAAACUAUGAAAUAACACAUAUGGAAUCAUGUAGUAACCAAAAAAGUGUUAAACAAAUCAAAAUAUAUUUUAUAUUUGAGAUUCUUCAAAGUAGCCACCCUUUGCCUUGAUGACAGCUUUGCACACUCUUGGCAUUCUCUCAACCAGCUUCACCUGGAAUGCUUUUCUAACAGUCUUGAAGGAGUUCCCACAUAUGCUGAGCACUUGUUGGCUGCUUUUCCUUCACUCUGCGGUCCAACUCAUCCCAAACCAUCUCAAUUGGGUUGAGUUCGGGGAUUGUUGAGGCCAGGUCAUCUGAUGCAGCACUCCAUCACUCUCCUUCUUGGUAAAAUAGCCCUUACACAGCCUGGAGGUAUGUUGGGUCAUUGUCCUGUUGAAAAACAAAUGAUACUCACACUAACCCCAAACCAGAUGGGAUGGUGUAUCGCUGCAGAAUGCUGUGGUAGCCAUGCUGGUUAAGUGUGCCUUGAAUUCUAAUUAAAUAAGACAGCGUCACCAGCAAAGCACCAUCACACCUCCUCCUCCAUGCUUCACGGUGGGAACCACGCAUGCGGAGAUCAUCCGUUCACCUACUCUGCGUCUCACAAAGACACAGCGGUUGGACCAAAAAUCUCAAAUUUGGACUCAUCAGACCAAAGGAAAGAUUUCCACCGGUCUAAUGUCCAUUGCUCGUGUUUCUUGGGCCAAGCAAGUCUCUUCUUCUUAUUGGUGUCCUUUAGUAGUGGUUUCUUUGCAGCUAUUCAACCACGAAGGCCUGUUUCACACAGUCUCCUCUGAACAGUUGAUGUUGAGAUGUGUCUGUUACUUGAACUCUGUGAAGCAUUUAUUUGGGUUGCAAUUUCUGAGGCUGGUAACUCUAAUGAACUUAUCCUCUGCAGCAGAGGUAACUCUGGGUCUUCCAUUCCUGUGGCUGUCUGUCACACCCUGGCUCUGGGACUCUAUAUGUUGAGCCAGGGUGUGUUCAUUCUAUGUGUUUAUUUCUAUGUUGGUAAUUCUGGUGUGUUUAUUUCUAUGUUGGCUAGAGUGAUUCCCAAUCAGAGGCAACGAGUGUCAGCUGUCAUUGGUUGUCUCUGAUUGGGAGCCAUAUUUAUACUGUCUAUUUUCCCUUUGUGUUUGUGGGUUCUUGUUCCGUGUUCGGUCAUUGUUACCGUGGACUUCACGAGUCGUUUCUUGUUUUGUUGAUUGUGUUCUAUUAUCACUAAAGAUAAUAAAGUUAAACAUGUUCGUUCAUCACGCUGCGCCUUGGUCUGUUCAUUACGACGAUCGUGACACUGUCCUCAUGAGAGCCAGUUUCAUCAUAGCGAUUGAUGGUUUUUGCGACUGCACUUGAAGAAACUUUCAAAGUUCUUGAAAUGUUCCAGAUUGAAAGACAUUCAUGUCUUGAAGUAAUGAUGGACUGUCAUUUCUCUUUGCUUAUUUGAGCUGUUCUUGCCAUAAUAUGGACUUGGUCUUUCAGCAAAUUGGGCUGGCUAUCUUCUGUAUACCACCCCUACCUUGUCACAACACAACUGAUUGUCUCAAACGCAUUAAGAAGGAAAUAAAUUCCACAAAUUAACUUUUAACAAGGCACACCUGUUAAUUGAAAUGCAUUCCAGGUGACUACCUCAUGAAGCUGGUUGAGAGAAUGCCAAAGGUGUGCAAAUGUGUCAUCAAGGCAAAGGGUGGCUACUUUGAAAAAUCUCAAAUAUAACAUAUUUUGAUUUGUUUAACACUUUUGGUUACUACAUGAUUCCAUAUGUGUUAUUUCGUAGUUUUGCGGUCUUCGCUAUUAUUCUACAAUGUAUGUGUUUAAUGUGUAUUUUAUUUGUAUUAUAAAGGGCGUAUUUGGAAAAGAGAUCUAGGUGUCUGUCUUCCCUGUCCAAAUCAUGGUUCAAUAAAUUUACCUAGGAGGUUUUCCUGUCAGGUGCUCUUUUCUGGCAUGAUUAGGCAGAGUACAAUGCUAAUGCCGUUCACAGAGGCUUCUGAUACUGUGCUACGCAGCUGCAAGAUACAGUGAGGACACAUAGUGAAACAGAGUUGUGAAAUCAACUCCUCUUUUCUUAGCAUCCAGAGAUCCUCUGAUGCAGCGUAGAGAGACUGGGUCGGCAGGGUCACCCCAUUCAUCCUCUCCUGCACACACAGCACUCUGUCCUCCUGUUGUCGUCUACAUCUAUGGGUGUGGCUAAUUAGAGCAUUUCUUCUCUCUGUAGUGGUGUAUCCAUCUGCCCAGCCAUAGUGAUAGAACUAUGCUCGUGUCAUCUUUCCAUGGUGCAUGUGGCUCGCUUAGAUGUAAACACUUCACAAUAAAAACCUGUGUGUGUGUGUGUGUGUGUGUGUGUGUUAUGUAGCCUACUCAAUGUAACAUAACUAGCCCUUGAGAAGGGCCUGCUGUUUGAGAGCCAAUUAUAUAUGAAGGAUUAUGGCUAUGCUGCUAGACCAGAGGAUUACUUCAAAGCUGCAUGAUUGUAUAGAGAAACUAUGAGUAAAAACUUGAAAUGCUGCCUGUCACGUGCAUACAUGUACGUGUGCACAUGCAGAAAGCGGAGGUUUGUUUUUCAUAGCAACACCUUGUACUUCAAACCAUCCAUGCCCCAUGCUAUGAUCUGCGCUGCUCUGGGGCGUUGUCUUCUUAACACAAUCCUCUUUCAAUUGUUCAUUCACUUAUCUUUUUUUUCCCCUCCUACCCAGUCACUCUUUCCCCCUGUCAUACCUGUUUUCUAACAGAGAUAAGUCACGUGAUGAAAUGUCUUGGGAUGAAUCACAUAGUUUGCAGCUGAAAGUGUCCUUAGUCUCCUUUCCUCACGUGGAUUUAGAUGAAGCCCUGUGGUUGGAUGUGUACAGCCUGUAGAUAAGUGCAUUAUGCUCAUAUUUACCUGAUUUCUUUACAUUGUUUCAGAGCUGCAGAAAGCUCUACAGAUGAAACCGAAAAAGACAUGUAUUGUGAAGAUGGUGGGGACAAGGAACCUGUGGAAAAACAUUGUGGUUCUCUGCGUGAACUCGUAAGUAUCUCUUUUGUGUGUCUGGGUUGUGUAUGUGUGCGUGUUCCUUGUGUUCCUGUGUGAGUUUAUGUAGUAUUGUGUCCGUGUGUCCAUGAUGCAGCUGCCAGCCAGACGCCUAUGGGUGUUAAAGGGAUACUUCGGGAUUUUAUUUACUUCCGCAGAGUCGGAUGAACUUGUGGAUACUAUUUUAAUGUCUCUGCGUUCAGUUUGAAGGAAGUUGCUCACUUCCGUUUGCACAAUUGCUAUAGCACAAUGACUGGAAGUCUAUGGGAACAGCUAGCAUAACAGCUAGCAUGCUAGCUAUUCCUGUAGACUUCCAGUCAUUGUGGUAACACUAGUUAGCAUUGGCUCCUGAAACUACCUAUAACCUCCUUCAUACUGGACACAUACAUAAAAAUGGUAUUCAUGAGUUCAUCUGACUCUGGGGAAGUAGAUAUAGCUCUUCAUUGCCAAAAUCCCGAACUAUCCAUUUAAAUGUGGUGGCUGGUGUGCCGUGAUUAUGGGACUAUUGACCUGUCAGCUCGAUGCAGCAUCAACCAGCAGUGGCCGUCUGUGCUUUUAGAAGAUGGCGCCGGAGGAGAUGGCUGCCUUUUUACGGCCCUCUAACCAAUUGUACUAUUAUGUGUGUUUUUUUCACAUUAUUUGUAAUUUAUUCUGUACAUAAUGUUUCUGCCACAGUCUCUUAUGACCAAAAAGAGCUUCUGGAUAUCAGGACAGCGAUUACUCACCCUCGUAUUGGAUGAAGAUUUUUUAUUCAACGAGUCGGACGCGAAGGAUAUUCUACAGACACCCGACAAGGCCCAAAUCCCCGUCAUUCGCAUGAGAAAGAGACGGAGAUAUCGUGGACGUAGGUCGGGGUGCCUUGUAAGGAUCCGACGGCGAGCGAGUAAACUGCCUCUUCCAUCAAUCCUAUUAGCCAACGUUCAUUCAUUUGAAAAUAAAUUGGACGACCUAAGAUGAAGGUUAUCCUACCAACAGGACAUUAAAAACUAAUAUCUUAUGUUUCACCGAGUCGUGACUGAACGACAACAUGGAUAACAUACAGCUGGCUGGAUAUACGCUACAUCGGCAGGAUAGAACGGCUGACUCCGGUAAGACAAGGGGUGGCGGUGAAUAUUUGUAAACAGCUGGUAUGUGUAUAUUUGUAAACAACAGCUGGUGCACAAAAUCUAAUACUAAGGAAGUCUCAAGGUUUUGCUCGCCUGAGGUAGAGUAUCUCAUGAUAAGCUGUAGACCACACUACUUAUCAAGAGAGUUUUCAUCUAUAUUUUUCGUAGCUGUAUAUUUACCACCACAAACCGAUGCUGGCACCAAGACCGCACUCAAUGAACUGUAUACGGCCAUAAGCAAACAGGAAAACGCUCAUCCAGUGGCCAGGGACUUUAAUGCAGGGAAACUUAAAUCCGUUCUACCGAAUUUCUACCAGCAUGUUAAAUGUGCAACCAGAGGAAACACAACUCUAGACCCUUUAUUCCACACAUAGACCCUUUAUUCCACACAUAGCGACGUGUACAAAGCUCUCCUUCGCCCUCCAUUUGGCAAAUCUUACCAUAACUCUAUCCUCCUGAUUCCUGCUUAUAAGCAAAAACUAAAGCAGGAAGCACCAGUGACUCGGCUAAUAAGGAAGUGGUCAGAUGACGCAGAUGCUAAGCUUUAGGACUGUUUUUCUAGCACAGACUGGAAUAUGUUCCGGGAUUCUUCCGAUAGCAUUGAGGAGUACACCACAUCAGUCACUGGCUUCAUCAGUAAGUGCAUCGAUGACGUCAUCCCCACAGUGACCAUACGUACAUACGCCAACCAGAAGCCAUGGAUUACAGGCAACAUCCGCGCCGAGCUAAAGGGUAGAGCUGCCGCUUUCAAGGAGCGGGACUCUAACCCGGACGCUUAUAAGAAAUCCCGCCGACGAACCAUCAAACAGGCAAAGAGUCAAUACAGGACUAAGAUUGAAUCGUAAUACACCGGCCUCCGACACUCGUUGGAUGUGGCAGGGCUUGCAAACUAUUACAGGCUAAAAAGGGAAGCACAGCCUCCAGCUGCCCAGUGACACAAGCCUACCAGACGAGCUAAAUCACUUCUAUGCUCGCUUCGAGGCAAGCAACACUGAAGCAUGCAUGAGAGCAUCAGCUGUUCCAGAUGACUAUGUGAUCAUGCUCUCCGUAGCCGAUGUGAGUUAGACUUUUAAGACAUUCACAAGGCCGCAGGGCCAGACAGAUUACCAGGACGUGUACUCCGAGCAUGUGCUGACCAACUGGCAAGUGUCUUCACUGACAUUUUCAACAUGUCCCUGACUGAGUCUGUAAUACCAACAUGUUUCAAGCAGACCACCAUAGUCCCUGUGCCCAAGAACACUAAGAUAACCUGCUUAAAUGACUACCGACCUGUAGCACUCACGUCUGUAGCCAUGAAGUGCUUUGAAAGGCUGGUCAUGGCUCACAUCAACAUCAUUAUCCCAGAAACCCUAGACCCACUCCAAUUUGCAUACCCCAUCAGAUCCACAGAUGACGCAAUCUCUAUUGCACUCCACACUGCCCUUUCCCACCUGGACAAGAGGAACACUUACGUGAGAAUGCUGUUCAUUGACUACAGCUCAGCGUUCAACACCAUAGUGCCCUCAAAGCUCAUCACUAAGCUAAGGACCCUGGGACUAAACACUUCCCUCUGCAACUGGAUCCUGGACUUCCUGACGGGCCGCCCCCAGGUGGUAAGGGUAGGUAACAACACAUCUGCCACGCUGAUCCUCAAUACGGGGGGUGCGUGCUCAGUCCCCUCCUGUACUUCCUGUUCACCCAUGACUGCAUGGCCAGGCACGACUCCAACACCAUCAUUAAGUUUGCCGACAACACAACAGUCGUAGGCCUAAUCACAGACAACGAUGAGACCGCCUAUAGGGAGGAGGUCAGAGACCUGGCCGUGUGGUGCCAGGAAAACAACCUCUCCCUCAACGUAAUCAAGACAAAGGAGAUGAUUGUGAACUACAGGAAAAAAAAGAGGACUGAGCACGCCCCCAUUCUCAUCGACGGGGCUGUAGUGGAACAGGUUGAGAGCUUCAAGUUCCUUGGUGUCCACAUCACCAACAAACUAUCAUGGUCCAAACACACCAAGACAGUCGUGAAGAGGGCACGACAAAGCCUAUUCCCCCUCAAGAGACUGAAAAGAUUUGGAAUGGGUCUUCAGAUCCUCAAAAAUUUAUACAGCUGCACCAUCGAGAGCAUCCUGACUGGUUGCAUCACCACCUGGUAUGGCAACUGCUCGGCCUCCGACCGCAAAGCACUACAGAGGGUAGUGCUUACGGCCCAGUACAUUACUGGAGCCAAGCUUCCUGCCAUCCAGGACCUCUAUACCAGGCGGUGUCAGAGGAAGGCCCUAAAAAUAGUCAUAGACUGUUCUCUCUGCUACCGCACGGCAAGCGGUGAGGGAGCGCCAAGUCUAGGUUCAAAAGGCUUCUUAACAGCUUCUACCCCCAAGCCAUACGACUCCUGAACAGCUAAUCAUGGCUACCCGGACUAUUUGCCAUUGUCCCCCCCCCCACCCCCUCUUUUACUCCGCUGCUACUCUGUUUAUUAUCUAGGCAUAGUCACUUUAACUCUACCCACAUGUACAUAUUACCUCAAUUACCUCGACUAACCGGUGCCCCUGCACAUUGACUUUGUACCGGUACCCCCGUAUAUAGCCUCUCUACUGUUAUUUUAUUUUACUGCUGCUCUUUAAUUCUUUGCUAUUUUAAUUUUUUACUUAACACUUUUUUCUAUUUUUUCUUAAAACUGCAUUGUUAGUUAAGGGCUUGUAAGUAAGUAUUUCACUGUAAGGUGUGUAUUGUUGUAUUCGGUGCAUGUGGCAAAUAAAAUUUGAUUUGAUUUAGCAGGCCUGUCUGUCGAUCCAUCAGUCUGUCUGUCCCUCUGUCUUCCUGUCUCUGUACUAUUAUCAGUCCUGUCUCUGUCCGUUUGUCUGUCUUUUUGUCUGUCCGUUCGUCCGCCUGUCUUUCUGUCCUUUGGCCUUCAGAAUAAAGCUUCCUCUCUCCUCACUAACAUAACCAAGUCAUUUAUAGACAAGCAGACUUAGACACAGCCCUGGCUAUUUCAGUGCACGGUGUCCCUGACCUGUCUGUAUGUCUGUCUGUCCAUCCGUCCGUCCGUCUGUGCCGUUAACAGGCUUGUUUCUCUGCCCAUUUUGUCUUUCUGUCCGUCCAACUGUAAAUUGGCCUUCAGAAUAUUUUUUCAAUUUUUUUAUUUCACCUUUAUUUAACCAGGUAAGCCAGUUGAGAACAAGUUCUCAUUUACAACUUGCGACCUGGCCAAGAUAAACCAAAGCAGUGCGAUAAAAACAACAACAGAGUUACAUAUGGGAUAAACAAAACGUACAGUCAAAAUAUAUAUACAGUGUGUGCAAAUGUAGUAAGUUAUGGAGGUAAGGCAAUAAAUAGGCCAUAAUACUAAAUUGUAUUUAUUUUGCACUAACACUGGAGUGAUAGAUUUGCAAAAGAUGAUGUGCAAAUAGAGAUACUGGGGUGCAAAUGAGCAAAAUAAAUAACAAUAUGGGGAUGAGGUAGUUGGGUGGGCUAAUUACAGAUGGGCUAUUUUGUAAAUGACAUCGCCGAAGUCAAGGAUCGGUAGGAUAGUCAGUUUUACGAGGGCAUGUUUGGCAGCAUGAGUGAAGGAGGCUUUGUUGCGAAAUAGGAAGCCGAUUCUAGAUUUAACUUUGGAUUGGAGAUUCUUAAUGUGAGUCUGGAAGGAGAGUUUACAGUCUAACCAGACACCUAGGUAUUUGUAGUUGUCCACAUACUCUAGGUCAGACCCGUCGAGAGUGGUGAUUCUAGUCGGGUGGGCGGGUUCCAGCAGCGUUCGAUUGAAGAGCAUGCAUUUAGUUUUACUAGUGUUUAAGAGCAGUUGGAGGCUACUGAAGGAGUGUUGUAUGGCAUUGAAGCUCGUUUGGAGGUUUGUUAACACAGUGUCCAAUGAAGGGCCAGAUGUAUACAAAAUGGUGUCGUCUGCGUAGAGGUGGAUCUGAGAGUCACCAGCAGCAAGAGCGACAUCAUUGAUAUACACAGAGAAUAGAGUCGGCCCGAGAAUUGAACCCUGUGGCACCCCCAUAGACUGCCAGAGGUCCAGACAACAGGCCCUCCGAUUUGAAACAUUUAACUCUAUCUGAGAAGUAGUUGGUGAACCAGGCGAGGCAGUAAUUUGAGAAACCAAGGCAAUUUAGUCUGCCAAUGAGAAUGCGGUGAUUGACAGAGUCAAAAGCCUUGGCCAGGUCGAUGAAGAUGGCUGCACAGUACUGUCUUUUAUCGAUUGCGGUUAUAAUAUCAUUUAGGACCUACAGCGUGGCUGAGGUGCACCCAUGACCAGCUCGGAAACCAGAUUGCAUAGCGGAGAAGGUACGGUGGGAUUGGAAAUGGUCGGUGAUCUGUUUGGUAACUUGGCUUUCAAAUACUUUUGAAAGGCAGGGCAGGAUGGAUAUAGGUCUGUAAAAGUUUGGAUCUAGAGUGUCACCCCCUUUGAAGAGGCGGAUGACCGCGGCAGCUUUCCAAUCUCUGGGGAUCUCAGACGAUACGAAAGAGAGGUUGAACAGGCUGGUAAUAGGGGUUGUGACAAUUUCAGCGGCUAAUUUUAGAAAGAAAGGGUCCAGAUUGUCUAUCCCAGCUGAUCUGUAGGGGUCCAACUUUUGCAGAAUAAAGCUUCACCUCUCCUCACUCACGUAACCCAGUCAUUUGUAGACAAGCAGACUUAGACACAGCCCUGGCUAUUUCAGUGCACGGUGUCCCUGACUCUAGUCUGACCAUGAAUUUUACAUGAACUGUGUUCUUAUGAGAGAACUGGAGACGAGCAAGAGAGGGUUUGUGUGCGUGCUUUUAGUUUUGUUUCAGAGACGAGAGAAAUUCACUUUCCUCUUCUUUCUUUUUCUGAACUCUCUGUCUGAACUCAGUCUUUCUUUGCCCUCUCUCCCAAUAUCCCGCUCUUUCUUUCUCUCUGUCCUCUCUGUGCUCUUUCAUCACCUCACUCCUUUCUCCCUCUCUUGCACUACCACACCCCCAUUUUCUCUGUCUUCAUUAUCUCUCUUCUCUCUCCUCCCUCCCCCUCUCUCUCUCUCUCUCUCUCUCCCUCCCUCUCUCCGUCUAUCCAGACUGACGGGCUAUGGGAUCCACCAUUGCUUUGCCCGCAGUAUGAUGGACCACCACGAGACCCACGAGUCCACCAUGUUCCACAACUUCUACGCUGACUACUACACCAUGGCGGGCAUCGCAGUGGCAUCAUGCAUGGCACUGUGCCCGGCGGUGGGCCUGAUGGGGAGGAGGGGUGGCCUGCUCAUGUUCAUGAUAAUCACUGCCCUGGCAUCACUGCUGCAGCUAGGCCUGCUCAACUGUGAGUAUAAUACACAUACUGUAUAGUACACACAUAUUCACAAACUUGCGUGCGCACAGAGCUGCCUCUUCCUAUACGCAAACUAUGCACUGCGCGUAUGGCCCCAUGGCAACUAGGGGGCACCUGACCAAAAAACAUGUAUUUUUUAUUGGAAAAAAAUGUAGACCUCAGUCUCAAUUUACUGUUAAGAGUUAGAAAAGUAGAACACACAGUGCAAUUUUGCAAUUUGGUAGUGCAUCAUCAGUUUUCCACUUGUCAAUCAAUUAGCCUGUGUCAGCUAACAUUGCUAGGUAAGGUAGUCUAGCCAGCUAGUAGGCCUAAUCAUCCCCAAAUUACCGACGGCCGGGCACGCAGGGCAUGUGCUCAGGGGCCCUGACCUCCAGGGGAUGGAGGUGAAAUAGUCUUUAUAGUUGUUUUGGAGUUGAGUUUGAAUGUAGGUGUGGGAGGUGGUCUUGUUACUGUGUAACAAGGACAGAUGUUGUUGUCCAAAAUCUGACAGAGUACUUAGUCCUUUUUAAAGAGUCACUUAAAUGUUGGGGGAACAAAUGUUUAACCUAGACCUACAAAUACACCUUGAGGUCAUUCACACAGCAAACAUCUUGUCUUGUUAUUGCUAUGGUGUAACCAGUGUGUGUUUUGUGACUGGAAACCUCACUGUGUGUGUGUGUGUGUGUGUGUGUAAGAUAAUUUGACUACAUAUUGACCUGUUUCUGUUUUCCUCUCUCUCCCUAUGGCUCCUAUAGUGCUGGGGAAAUACAGUGUCCAUCUGAAUAUAGGUACAGUACAACCAUUGGUUUCUCUCCUAUUCAUUCUAGUGGGAACUCGGCCCAUGUUUCCCUGGUUGCAGUUGCUCUGCCCUAGAUUAUUAACUAAUCAAUAGCCCAUCAUUCUGGAUCAUAGCUGUUUAAUCAGCUUACUGGAAAUACUAACUGCUUGAUUAAAAACCAAGAAGGUCCUGGGCAGAUGGGAGAAUUCCGCAGUAAAUUGAUAUCCAAUCUACCGUCUUAAAUGUGGUUCAAGCUGUUAGAAACACAUUAUGAUAGCUGGCUAGCUGCAGAUGUCCUAACGUGAUUUCUUUGAUAUGAUUAGACAAAGAUUGGAGGAACUCUGACAUUUGUGUAAGAUUGGAGGACACUAAGAAAAUGUCAGUGUUCCAACAUAGUAGCAGAAAAACAAGGGGCUUUGCAGUGAGUUUGUUACGCAAUAGAGGUGGUUUAAAGCAAAGGUUGAUUUUUCACUAUCACCUCGACCUAAAUACUGUGACUUGUCCUAUCUCUCCCCUUCUCCCAAUCCCUCCCACUCUCCCACCCAUUCAGAACACAAACUCAUUGCAGAGUUCAGUCAGAUCCCGAUGGCAAACCAUGGCGUGUCAUGUCUGUUUGCUGACAAUGAUGAGUGACAGUUCAAACAGAGGCACCAUGUGACUGUGGCUCAGAACGCCCGUAGGCAUCACUGAAUAAAUACAUCUCUCAAGGACAAGCUAGCUGCAUUCUGUUUACUGCACAAACACACAUUCAGAUCCAUCCUGCUUGUCCUUCACAGUGAAACAUCACAGCUAACACAUGAAACCAGCAGUAGGCUAGUUGUACAACUUGGUAGUACUACAGUCCAUUAUAACAAAUAAACCUGAUAUUGACUGUGUAAUAACGGGAGGCCAGUAUGAACAUUUAUACACUCACUAACUGUAAGUCGCUCUGGAUAAGAGCGUCUGCUAAAUGACUAAAAAUGUUUUAAAAAAUAGCACAUUAUAUGGUUAUAUUGCCAUCAUUCAUCUGAACUUUUUAAAAAUCUUGCCUGGUCUUCAUGUGACUUCUUAGAAGUAUUAGAACUCUUCCUGUCUGUGUUUCAUUCCCCGAUCCUUGCUUUGUUCUGAUGAUCCUCUCUGUUUGGCUCUGUCUCAUUGACCCUAACUAGCCUCUAGCCCUCUCCUUCCCCUGUGUGUUUAUCGAUCUCCUCUUCUCUCCAUUCUCUCUAUCCCUAAUCCUCCACCUGGCAUCAAAAUAAGCAUGGCCUGUUAGAGCCUCAGCUGAUCCUCUUUGGACAACUUAAACGUGUUUCAUUCAGCAAUAAACUAAACAGAGACCAGUUUCAGAUUAUCCUCUCUAUCAACUUAAACAUGUCUCAUUCAGCAGCACCGUGUAAGUUAGUUCUAGGGUGGUUUAGCUGAGGAUCAGACAGAUAAACGUCAGGGUAAUCCUUCAUGGCUAAUUUAGUUAAAUUGAUAACAUGGUCAGGGUGAUGGACAACACACAGGAUGCUCAACAACAUACACGUCAUGGGAAUUAUGUAACCGUCUACGUACGUUAAUAGGAUCAUCCUACUACUUCAAUAACACCCUGCUCUUAGGAGAAUGUAUUAGGUACUGUUCAUCAGUGCACUGAGCAUUCUCAUAUGAGAAUCAUUAAUCUAUCAUGGUUAGAUAUAGUAUUUUCCUUUGAUCUAAUCUCACCUUUCUACAGUACAUUAGAAUUUAUUCUCUCUGUAUGAUGGCUGGAUAAUUGUUAUGUUUGUUUUCUUGCUAUGCAGAGUACUCGGAUACACAAAUCUCAACUUAAUACUGAAUCGUGUUUAAUGACUGACUCGUGUGUUGUCUUCUUUCUGUACAGAGCGCUCGGAUACGCUGAAUAAGAACUUCUCCAUCGCCUUCUCCAUCAUCGGCAUGUUCUCCUCCCAUGCUGUCAGCAACCUGAGCAUCUUCUUCUGCGCUGAGAUCACCCCCACCGUCAUCAGGUGAGCCCACCCACACACUGGGACCGAACCACUGGAGCGUACCACAGAGGGGGGGGUGGUGAGGUAUAGGUUUCAGAGGGGGCUGUCAGUCAGGAUAUGUGCAGGCCAGGGCUGAGGAGAAAGCUUGUUUUGGCCCUCAUGGAAAUUAAAAACAGGGUUCAAUUUUCUUCCCCUUUUAUUCAGAGAUGGGUUGGGUCAAGUGUCUGGUUAAUUUUAUAACAUUUUACAGAACAUUCACUCUGUCAAGCAAUGUAAACUGGAAUUGGAGAAAGAUAAAGAGGUGUGGAGUUUGAAGGUGUCUGUCAUCACAUAGUGUCAAGGGAAAAUACCCUGUGUUUUAAGAUGCUCAUUAUCAUAAUAUAAUGUAGUCUGUCUUUGAUCUCAAUAGAGAGAUUCAUGACUCAAAGUGUAUCUGACCUGCCAGGAUAUCACCAGAAUAUUACAACCCUGCUAUAAACACAACACUUAAAAUUAUGCACAUAAUAAAGGUGUAGUUCAAUAUCCAUAUUUUUAUAUUAUUACUAUUUUAUUGAACCUUUAUUUUGACAGGGAGUCAUGCUGAGACCAAGGUCUCUUUUACAGAUCAGCCUUGUUUGAAUUAGCCUUUCCAUCUCUGGACAAACUAUGACACAGCUUUGGAUCAUCAUGAUGCUGUGUUGUAUUAUGUAAGGAAUGGUGCGGUGCACUGCACUGCCUGAAGAGUGACUAUGGAUCGCCACCUGGUGGUCAGUCACAGAGCAGACAGGAGCGAAAUUAGGCAGGAUGCUGUUACAUGGUAUUGCAGCAUUCUCUGCUGCUGUGGGUGUAAAAUGGCAAGGACAUGUCAAUAACACAGACAUCACCAAGUAAUAAUAUAAUAAUAUGCCAUUUAGCAGACGCUUUUAUCCAAAGCGACUUACAGUCAUGCGUGCAUACAUUUUUGUGUAUGGGUGGUCCCGGGGAUCGAACCCACUACCCUGGCGUUACAAGCGCCGUGCUCUAUCAGCUGAGCUACAGAGGACCACCAAGUGCGUCUGCAUAAGGAAAUGAGACUAGUAGGGGCUUGAAUGUGGAAUGUGCCAUUGAAUGUAAAUAUAGAGAAAACAUUGAAAUUGAAUGGAUUUGGACUGUAACUAAGCAUAACAUUUCACUGGAAAUAGGCAGAGGUUUCAGGCCACACCCUUUCUACAGGAUGGAUAUGGUUUAAAGACAGUGGGGCUUGAAGGUUGGUUUGGGAUCGGGUGUAGCCAUGUUCUUCAGAGAUGGUGACUUCCUAACUGACAUUCCUUGUCUAUCUCCGUAUAGGGGUGGUGGUCUGUAUCGUCUCAAAUCUACAUGAGAGCUAGGGGGAAAGGGUGGGUUUGGGAUUUGGUUUAGAUUUGUAGGCUUCAAAAGUGAUGACUGACAUGGCGUUCCUUGUUUCUCUCCGUAGGGGUGGUGGUCUGGGCCUGGUGCUAGCCAGCGCUGGCUUCGGCAUGCUGACUGCCCCCAUCAUGGAGCUCCACAACCAGAAGGGCUACUUCCUCCACCACAUCAUCUUCGCCUGUUGCACCCUCAUUUGCAUAAUCUGCAUUCUCCUCCUCCCCGAGACACGCUACCAGCCCCUGCCCGAGACCCUGGCCGACGGGGAGUGCUACACCCGCCAGCCCCUGCUGCCCCCUAAGAAGCCUGGCGAACAGCGCCUCCUCCUGGCCCAGUUGGAGAGCAACAGGGACUACACCCGGGUCCACGACACGCCGCUGCACGAGGUGGCCGUCACCGCCGUCUCCACCAUGGAGUUCACGGCGUCCUCCGCUGUUGACUUCACAGCACCAUCGGUUAUUGAUAUUUCGGCGCCCCCCGCUAGGAAGUUGAUGUCACUCCAGCCUGAGCCUGAUAGCAAAUCCACUGAAGACUCCGCUGAUACACCCCUCAUUAAUUCAGUUGCCCCUUCAUCCACUUUCAUUGUUGAUGAUGAGACGGCUCCCUCCCCUACUAAGGAUGUUACCACUGACCCCCUCACAGAAGACACCCCUACAUCCAUCUUGGUCAACACCAUUUCCCCUGUCACUGAAACGCUUCCUAUCUCUUUAUUGGAAUCAACCACUCUGCCAGUACUUGAUUCAACCCCUACCUCCGCAUUGGACCCUUCCACUCCCCCUGUCAUAGAAUCCACCCCUAGUUCCAUAGUGGACCCUUCCACUCCCCCUGUUAUAGAAUCCAUCCCCACUUCAUUGGAUGCUCUAGAAGUAAUUGAACCUCCCCCUACCUCCACAUUGGACUCUCCCCCUGUCAUAGAAACGACCCCUACAUUGGACUCUACCAUUCCCCCUGUCAUAGAAACCACCCCUACAUUGGACUCUACCACUCCCCCUGUACUUGACCUUCUACCCCCCUCUCCAACACCCUCCCCUACUCCUGUCAUCAAUGACAUUAUUCUCCCUUUCCCCAUGGCGGACUGUACCACUCCUAUUGAUUCUACUGACCCAAUAACCGCAGACUCUAUCAUAGACUCUGUAGAUGACAUACUCCCGGCUCCUCCUCCUCCUACAUCAGACGGUAUCAUUCCCCUUCAGACAGACUCUGUCCAUACUCCAGAGUUGGACUCUUCAUCUCAAUGUGUAAAUGAUGUUAUCGUUUCUCCCCCUUCCCCUGUUCAUCGCCCCACCCGCACACCACCCCCACCACCCAAUGACUCAGGUCAUACCCCCACAACAGUGGACUCUUCCACGCCCCCUGUCAUGGACACUGUUCAUACCCCCACUGUGGACUCUACCACUCUCCCCAUCACAGACAUUGUUCAACCCCUUUCAUUGGACUCCACCAUUCCGCUUGUCAUAGACUCACUGCACCCCAACGUAACAGACUCUGAGACCACAGAGGCAGCCCCUGCUUCCACAAUAAUGGACUGCACCAUCUCCUCCCCCAUAGACUCGGGUAUCCUCCCUAUAAUGGACUGUACCAUCUCAGAAAACCUCGUCAUCAACGGGGUGGAGUCAUCAUGA